AUGAAAGAGAUAAGAUAUUUAGUACGACAAAGAUUACCUUUUCGAGGUCACGAUGAGUCAGAUGAAUCAGCUAAUAGGGGAAAUUUCUUAGAGCUUGUGAAAUAUACAGUAGGGCAGAAUGAGGUUAUAAGCAAAGUUGUGUUGGAGAAUGCUCCAAAAAACAAUCAGAUGGUGUUCGAUGAAAUGUCUGAACCACUAAUUCCAGAGACUCGUGACCCUGUACCAAGUUCUUUCUUGUUACUCGACCUCAUACUCGACUACCCAGUUGUCUGGCAACAGACUGUGCAGUCGAAUGUUUCUGAUAAAGAACAAAUGGCAGUGGUUUUUCGUUUUGUUGAUAAACAUGGGACGGUGAAAGAAAGAUUCAUUGGUCUUAUCCAUGUUAAAGAAACAUCUUCUGCAUCUCUGAAAUGUGCUAUUGAUUCAUUGUUUGCUAAACGUGGAUUGAGUAUGAAACAGUUAAGAGGACAAGGCUAUGAUGGAGCAAACAAUAUGAAAGGUGAAUUCAAUUGGUUGAGAUCUCUGAUUUUAAGAGAGAAUAGUUCUGCUUAUUACAUCCAUUGUUUUGCUCAUCAGCUUCAGUUAGUGGUCGUGGCAGUUGCUAAAAAACAAUUUGAAGUUGGAGAUUUCUUUGAUAUGAUUUCUGCCUUGCUAAAUGUGGUUGGAGCUUCUUGUAAGGGAAAAGAUAGGAUUCGAGAAGAAUAUCUAAAAGAGAUAGAGGAAGGAAUCAAUCAAGGUGAAAUUAAGACAGGAAAGGGAUUGAAUCAAGAGCUUUCAUUACAGAGACCUGGUAAUACUCGUUGGGGUACUCAUUACACAACAUUACACCGAUUAGCUCAUUUAUUCUCUGUUAUCAUUAAACUGCUUGAGUUUGUUGAAGAGGAGGGAACUGAUAGUACCAAAAGACGACAAGCUAAUGGUCUUCUCAAGUACUUUAAUACUUUUGACUUUGCGUUCUACUUACAGUUGAUGUUGCUUCUUCUUGGACUCACAAAUAGUUUAUCAGUGGCUCUACAAAAGAAAGACCAAGACAUUUUGAAUCCUAUGUCACUAGUGAAAUCUACCAAGCAACAAUUAUGCAAGCUCAGAGAUGAUGGAUGGGAUUCUUUGGUUAAUGAAGUUUUUUCUUUUUGUAAGAAGCAUGACAUUGAGUUGGUUAUUAUGGAUGGAGAAUUUGUUAAUCCAAGAAACCCAAGAAAAAGAAGCAACAUGACCAACUUCCAUCAUUAUCAAGUGGAGUGUUUUUACACUAUAUUAGAUAUGCAAAUUCAAGAGUUUAAUGAUCGUUUCGAUGAGGUAAACACUGAAUUACUUAGUUGUGUUGCUUCUUUAAGCCCUAUUGAUUCGUUUCAUGAGUUUGAUCAGUUGAAAGUUCUGAGAUUGUCUGAGUUUUAUCCACAAGAUUUUACUCAUGUCGAUCGGAGAUCACUCGAGCAUCAGCUUGGUCUUUACAUUGACAAUAUUCGAGAAGAUGAAAGAUUUGCUAAUUAG